AUGAGGACGCUGGCUCUGCUCUGCUGCUGCAUGGCUUCUCUCCUGCUCUCAGGGAAAGCAGAACUGCAAGUCUCUGCCUCGGGUGGCACGGAAGAUGUUGCCAAUUUGUUGGAGAAUCAAUUCUCAGCUGGAGAUCCAAGUCUAGAGGAGGAGAGGGCACUUUAUGCAGACCCAGUCCCUCCAGAGAAGAACCUGCAGCUCCAUUACACAGAUGACAGUGAGGCUGAGAAUUGGGAGAGGAGAGAGGCUGGGGGGGAUCCUGGGCCCCCUCCUGACACUGAAGGCCACGGAAGCCCUGCUCCUGACCCUGAAGCUAAUACCUCUACCUUAGAGCCAGCUCUUCCCUGGGAAGCUGCUGAAGAGGCUGGAGCUGGAAGGGAAGAGGAAGCCCCUGAAGAAGGAAAAGAGGCCUCUCUGCAGGACAAGCAGCAGGAACUCAUGGAGGGAGAUGGUGCUGGAGGGCAAGAGACAGAGGCUAGUGCUGAAGAAGGAAAAGGAGGAUCCCUGGAGGAAAAGCAGCAGGAGCUUAUGGAGGGAGGUGGUUCAGAAAGGGAAGGGGUUGGGGCUAGCCCCUUGAGUGGGGAGGUUGUGACUGAGGGAGGCCCAGAACCUUCUAGUGCAGGAGAGGCUGGAGGCCCAGCAGAAGUGGAUGGGGAGGCCACUGAAGACCCAGGAGAGGCCCUGGGAGAAGAAGAAAUAGCAGCCCUAGAACCUGAGUCCUCUCCCAGCUCAGAGCAUGAUGGCGGUCAGGAUCCUGGGAGAGAAAAUGGAGACCAAGGGUCUCAAGAGGCCCCAGGAGUCAAGGAGACAGAAAUGACACAGGAAAAUGAGUUACCCAAGGCUGAUGCUGAUGCAGAAGGGCCUAAGGAAGGAGAACAAGAGCCGGAGGCUGGGACAGGAGAAGUGACUGAGGCUCAGGGAGAAGAACCCCAGGGAACCUUGGAGGAAGAUCAAAAUAGAGAGAGCUGGGCCCCAGCCGAGGACAGUGGCAAGUCUGAAGACGUUGACGUCGCUGGUGCAGGGCUGGAGGCUGAGUCGCUCUCUCCUGAAAAUCAGACUUCACAAGUAACCAGUCAGGAGUUGGAGGAAGCAUCCUCUGAAGAACAAGGAGGAGAGGAUGAGGAAGGACACCAGUCUGAGGAGAAUUCCGAAGAAGAGGCUGGGGAAGUCAGCUCAGAAGAAGAAAGGGAGGUUUCUGGGGAAAUUGAGGCUACCCAGGAAGAGCCAGGAACCACAGGCCAUGAGGAUGAAGCAGUCAAAUCGAGCCCAGAAGAGGCAGCCUCAGCUCCUGAAGACUCAGAAGUUCCAGAAGAGGCAGAGGAUGUAAGUGAAGCACCUAUAAGGGACCGUUCUCAUAUAGAGGAAACCCUGAUGCUGAAGGAAGACAAGCCAGCAGAUGACUUUUCAGGGGUGAUGCAGCGGUUAAGAAAGAUCUACCACUCUUCCAUCAAACCUCUGGAGCAAUCCUACAAGUACAAUGAACUGAGGCAGCAUGAGAUUACAGACGGGGAGAUCACUUCCAAACCAAUGGUACUUUUUCUGGGACCGUGGAGUGUUGGCAAAUCUACCAUGAUAAAUUAUCUCCUUGGGCUUGAAGACACUCGUUACCAGCUUUACACAGGUGCUGAGCCCACCACUUCUGAGUUCACAGUCCUCAUGCAUGGCCCUAAGCUGAAAACCAUAGAGGGCAUUGUCAUGGCUGCUGACAGUGCUCGAUCCUUCUCACCCCUUGAAAAGUUUGGCCAGAACUUCUUGGAGAAGCUGAUUGGCAUUGAGGUCCCUCAUAAGCUUUUGGAGAGGGUCACUUUUGUGGACACACCGGGUAUCAUUGAAAACCGCAAGCAGCAAGAACGAGGUUACCCAUUCAAUGAUGUGUGCCAGUGGUUCAUUGACCGAGCUGAUCUUAUUUUUGUUGUCUUUGACCCAACCAAAUUAGAUGUGGGUCUGGAGCUGGAGAUGCUCUUUCGCCAACUAAAAGGCCGUGAAUCCCAAAUAAGAAUAAUAUUGAACAAAGCUGACAAUCUGGCUACCCAGAUGCUCAUGCGAGUUUAUGGUGCCCUCUUUUGGAGCUUGGCCCCUCUCAUUAAUGUCACAGAACCCCCAAGAGUUUAUGUCAGCUCCUUUUGGCCCCAGGACUAUAAGCCUGACACCCACCGGGAGCUAUUCCUCAAAGAAGAAAUCUCUCUCUUGGAAGAUUUGAACCAGGUGAUUGAGAACAGGAUGGAGAAUAAGAUUGCCUUCAUCCGUCAGCAUGCUAUCCGGGUACGAAUUCAUGCUCUCUUGGUUGACCGCUAUUUGCAGACCUACAAGGACAAAAUGACCUUCUUUAGUGAUGGAGAGUUGGUCUUCAAGGACAUUGUGGAGGAUCCAGAUAAGUUCUACAUCUUCAAGACCAUUCUGGCAAAGACCAACGUCAGCAAGUUUGACCUCCCCAACCGUGAGGCCUAUAAGGACUUCUUUGGUAUCAAUCCUAUCUCCAGUUUCAAGCUUCUCUCUCAGCAGUGCUCCUACAUGGGAGGAUGCUUUCUGGAGAAGAUUGAACGGGCCAUCACCCAUGAGCUUCCCAGUCUCUUGGGAAGCAUUGGAUUGGGGAAGAAUCCGGGUGCUCUCAACUGCGACAAAACAGGGUGUGGUGAAACCCCAAAGAACCGCUAUAGGAAACCUUAAUGAUGUGGAAUUUAACUGGUUCUUGUGUUUCUAUUGGUGAAUGAGCUUGUGUCUUAUGUGUAUGAGAAGCCCCGGUUUAUUAACCCUUUGAGCCAAACUGGCAAGAGCUAUUGUACAAUGGAGGGCUUGGAGUUCAUGGAGGCCAAUUGUGGGGGAAUGUGCAAGGGCCUAGUAAAGAGAAUGGAAACUGUGAAUUAUAGACCUUUUUGUAUUUGCUAUUUCAAUUAGGAGGCCCCAUUUUCCCUAUGAGCAAAAGCAGAAAAACGUCAAAUAGGGUAUAGUUGCUUUCCCUUGGCACUGACUUGGAGGGUCAAAGGACAGUUUGCAUACACUGAAAAAAAAAGUUGGGAUUCAAAUACAGUAGGGUUAUUAAGAUUCCCUUUCCUGAAAAACUUGGGAAAGAGUGAGGAUAGAAGCUAGAGAAGGGGAUCCAUGACCAGAAACCUUCCCCCCAAGCCAACUCCAGGACUUGACUCGAAGGUCAGAUACUGGUUUUAUUUUCUCUAUCCUGACCUUUUCAUCAUCAGUCUUAAAAUUCAGAAGGAAUAUCAUCCUUUUUCUGGCAACAGGAAGUAUAGAUACCUGGUGAUCAACUUUUGGGUUGGCUAUGGGCAGGAGGAGGACAUUCAGGGUCUGACCCCUUAAGGAGUUUGAAUACAAGGAUUGAUUUCGUGUUCAAACCCAACUCCAGAGCCUGUUAUCUUCUUCCUUUGGGCCCUUCAUUCACAGAUUCUUUGGGCACCUCAUAAGGAAAUAGGAGCUCCCCAGGGUAGUUGGGGAUUAGAUCAUCCCUUCCUCAGGGACAAACUGCUUCUCAGUACAGCCCACCACCCAAGCCCACUGUGAAACCUAGUUUUUCUAUCUCACUAAAGGAGAGAAUAGGCAUUCAGUGUAUGCAAAUAGUUUGCUUCAUGCCAUUCUUGUACUACCAGUCAAGCAAAGGCAUGAGUAGAGCUCAGAGGGUUAAUAGGUUUGCAGUGUGUCCUUGUCUAUUGCAUGUUUUGGAAGAGACAGCUAACUGAGGCCCAUAGGCCUCCAAGAGGAUGGCAGGGGUUAUGUUUCUUCUCCAUUAAGGACUUUUCUUUGGAUUUAUCUCUUGUAAGUUUUGGAGGAGACAAACUCUGUGCUCUAUCUGUGGGGGCUGUUGGGGGAAGAGUGAUGUCUUCUGUGUGGUAGUUUCUCUGUCUUUCUUUUGUCCUGCCCUCCACACCCCCUGAUGUACCAACAUCCCAAGUUAGGAAUGAUUUCCAUUGACUUAGAAAGCAAUCAGAGUCAGAACCAAUUCCAGCUCUUCAUUCAUCUCAAUAGCAGCUUCAUGCUGAUGUCCAGUUACAGCCAGCAUGUGACAGUGCACGUGGGAAAGCCAUGGGCUAUGGAUAGAAAUGUGUGUAUAAAUCUUCGUGUGCAUGUGUGUGUGAUGAUGGACAUAAUCAUAGAGUAGAGGAUGUAUAGACAGACAUUUUUUGUUGAGAAAAUACUGCCGAUUGGCCCCAAGGACAUCAAAGGGCUGAGGUAGAGAGGAGGGUCAGCUUUUAGAGCAGAAGGAAGAAGCCCUUAGGUGAGAUAAUAUUUCGGGUGGUAAGAGAUGCAUGGAAAUGCUGGGGACCUGUCAUGUGGACCAUCCUGCAAAAUCAAUGGGCCAGCCCUGAUACUGGGGCAGAUAAUGGGGUUUUCCCUGCCUCCAAGUCAGAGUUCACCUACACUAGAGGAAAGAGGGGGAAAAAGGUACCCUGGGCCAGAAAGGGAAGAUGGAGAAGGUGAGACAAUGGAAGCAAUGUGGUACUAGCUCUGGAGCCAGAUGAACUAGAUUCAAAUUCUGCCUCAGAUGCUGACCACCUGUGUGACCUUGAGCAAAUGAUUUAACUUGCCUGGGACUCAGCUUCAUUAUGUGGAAAAAUAGGGUAUUGGAGUGGAUGGCCUCAGAGGUCUCUUUGAAAGAUCUGGGAGAACAGCCACUGUGGGAGUGGUGCCUUCUCAAAGGGGUAUCUCAGGAGUAGCUAUAUUGCUUUUGGCUUUUCCAGGGCAUGGUGGUAUGAAAGGAGGUUGAAAUGAUUCCAAAGAAAAAUUUCUAAAGUCCCUAAGAACUUGGCUCUACACAAUUCCCCAGUAGUCAUCUAGUCAGCCUACCUGGAGGUGAUAGUCUUAGGGUUGGAAUUGAGGACAGGAGCUAAGAGACAGUGGAAGAAGGGCAGGGAAAAUGCCUGGUAGAGGGUGGACCAGAAAGGAGGUCCCUGCUCAGCCCAAAAUGGAUACAGCCAGCCAAAAAAGCAGGCAGGCCAAUGUCUAGGGCCAUCUAGAGGGCCUGCUGUGAAAAGACAAAUGGUGAUUCAGAACGAAGAGAAAGUUUGGUGUUUGCCCUAGAUUUUCUUCUCAUACUUCUCUAUUCUUACUUCCUCCUUCCUCAAUGAGUCCUUUUCCUCUCUAUCUUACAUUCACAGGAAACUUCACAAUGUAACAGUUUUAUUCAUUAUGGAAACUGAGGCAAAAAAAUGGCAGAACUGUCUAGGCCUUGUCAUAGAUGUGAAUGUCACUGUUGCUCCUUUUUUUUUGGUAGAAUAAGGCUAAUAAUAAAUUCCUACACUAUUUAUACUUCCAAGGGCUACAUGAUCAAUGUGUUCUUUUAUGUCUUUCUCCCCCACAUAAUUCCUGCCUUUUAUUUUUCCUUUAUUCCACUCUUUUCUGUUCUUUUUCUCCUACCUUUUCUUUGUAUUCUGUCCCUCUCCUAUCAGGACAUUUAAUCAGUCACUACAUAUUUAUGGAGUACUUACUGGAUACUUGGUACACUGCUAGGCACUGGGCAAUGGGAGGAGGCUGGGCUUUAAAUAAAGUUUUAACCCUUCUUUGGGUGUUGGGGAACAGAGAAAUCUGUAAGUACCUCCUGAUACCCAGCUUCUCUCCAAAUCUUGCCCUUUUGCAAUGCUUAUUCAUUCAAUUCCACAUAACAAAUAUUUAUUAGGCAACUACUAUGCAUAAGGCACCUCUUCUUCCCUAUUGCAUGGAUUGUUGGUAGGACACAGAAUCACACAGUUCUUAGAUCAUCUUCAAAAAUUAAUUUCGCUGUUUUAUUUGAUAUAUGAUUUUUGUCUAAAAACCAGCCAGUUGACAUGGUACUAGAGGAACUGAACCAAAUGGAAGAAUAAGAGAAAGAUCUCCCACUCAUUGGGUGAAUCCUCUGAAGGGGAUUGAUAGAACGACAAUGAUGAGAACUAUACGGGAUGAGAAGGUGUGGAGAGGCUGUGAUUUGCAACCACCAUUCUUCACAUAGAUGAAGUGUGUGGGAGACAUAGAUAGAUGCUGUUUUGCUGAUUACAUUCAGGGAAAAGCUUUAGUUGGGUGCUUAGCACCUUGUAUCUUCUGAUGACAGUCCAGGAGGGUUAUUAAUUUCCUUUUGGAAAAGGGGGUCUGGUGUGUUUAUUCCUAAAUUACUGGGUUGCUUGUGUAGAAAUGUCAGUGGAUAGGCCCAGCUCUCAGCAGAAUUGUGAAUUCAACAGUUUGUGUUUAGGAAACCUCUCUUCCCCCCUCCCCCCCCCCCACUUUCUCCCCUCUUGGUUCCACCUUAUCAGUUGCCUAUUCUGUAUGACAAUUCUCCUGGCCCUGCUUUCUGCUAGCUAAUUCCUAACUAGGAUGUUAGCUGAUAUUUUUUAGGUGUUCCACUUCCUUGGGACAUUUUGCAUUCUAGUAGCUUGAAAAAGGCUUCCAGACCAAAAGGAAUUAAUUUCUAAUGGUAGAAUUUCAGGCACUGUGAUAGGUUGGGGAAGAGACUUCUGGGAAGAGAACCUGCCCCAAAUACCUCAAAUCAUACCCACUAGGCAGUCACCCACUCUUCCCUAUACCUAAGGUAAGCCCUUCUAGUGGUAACUAUGUGCAGCUGAGUUAGAAGUUCCUGCCUAUGGUGGUAACAUGUGAAGACAUCAUUUCCCAUUGACUGCCUCAGGAGGUAAUUAUCCUAAGCCAUACUAUGAAGAGUCUGGCUUUUUUUUUUUAAUUUUAAAGAAUUAGCCUGUGAUCCAUGGUCCUAAAUUCUUUUGUCAGUGGUGUUUGGGCAAGAAUCCCAUUUUGCUCCAUCCCAAGAGAGACACCUAGAAAGCUGUAGAGGAAAGAGCAUUGGAUUUGAAGUGAGAAGACCUGAGUUCAAAUCCUGGCUCUGCAACUUGUUCUCUCUAUAACCUUGGGCAACUCAUUUUACCUCUAGGGGACUCAGUUUCUUUAUCUAUAAAAUGAGGGGGGCGGAUUAGAUAGUCUCUAAGAUCCUUUUCAGCUUCAAAUCCUAUGAUCCAUGAUGGACUGGGGUAAAGUCAUAGUAUUUUACCGAUAUUGUGUAUGACAGCCACUUAAAUAAAACUACUUAUUUGGCAAACCCACAUGUGUCAUGUGUCUAUCUUUCUAGAAAGCAAGGCCAACAUUUAAAAAAUACAUGUGACAUACAUGCAGGGCUAU